AUGGACCUUAGUGGUCCUGUUCUAAAAACUCUAUUUUCUGAGACUUCGCACUCAAAAAAACCUUUUCGCGUUAUAAAAACUAAAAUUGUUAAGGAUGAUUCCUUCGAAAUACAAAAAAGUGUAAAAGAUUGGUGUGAUGUUGAAAAUUUGGAUUUAGUAGUAACUACCGGUGGUACUGGUUUUGGUGUUCGUGACGUAACUCCUGAAGCUGUUCAACCACUAUUUGAAAAAUCAUGUACCGGAAUUACUCAUGCGAUGAUAAAAGCAUCUUUAGAAAAAACUGUUUUUGCUGCUUUAAGUCGGCCUGUAUGUGGAAUUAGAGGCAAUACUAUUAUUUUGACUGUUCCCGGAAGUCCUAAAGGUGCAAAAGAAAAUAUACAAGCUAUAUUGAAUGUUUUGCCUCAUGCUAUUGAUUUGGUUAGAGGUGAAACUGGUGAAAAUGUUCAUGCUCAAUUACGUGUUGAAAGUCACGAAUGUGUUCAUCAUGAUCAUAAACAUGGUGAUAAACAUCAAUAUUCAUCUACUUCUCUUUUCGGCCCCGCGUUAAAUAUAAUUACCGAACAUAGCAAUACUUUGUCACCAAUUAAAGUUCCUGUUGAUGAGAAUUUGAUAGGAAUGGUUUUGGCCGAAGAUGUGGUCGCUCGUUUACCUGUUCCGGGUUAUCGUGCUUCCAUACUCGAUGGAUAUGCUGUUGUUGCGAGUGAUGGUCCCGGGAUUUAUCCCGUAGUUGGUGUAUCUAUUGCAAAUACUUCUCAUUUACCUGCUGAUAAAUUACUGCCUGGUCAAAUUGCCCGAAUCACAACUGGUGGUCCUGUGCCUCCUGGUGCUACUGCUGUAGUAAUGGUUGAAGACACUACCCUAAUACGUGCUUCUGCUGAUGGUCUUCAAGAGGAAUCCGUUGAAAUUCACGUUCAAGUUAAUGAUGGUGCUAACAUUAGAGAAAUUGGUUCGGAUACUAGCGUUGGCUCCAUUGUUGCGAGAAAGGGUGAACUUUUAUCAGCUGUAGGUGGGGAAAUCGGCGUUUUGGCCUCUGUGGGUGUUUGUGUAUAUAGACGUCCAGUAAUCGGCGUUUUGUCUACCGGAAAUGAAGUUAUCGAUCACAAAAAUACUUUGGAAUUAAAAUAUGGUCAAAUUUUUGAUAGCAAUCGUCCUACUUUAUUUUCAAUUGCAAAAGCUACUGGUUUUGAAGUCAAGGAUUUUGGAAUCGUUGAUGAUGAUCCAAAAGAGUUAGAGAAAACGUUAAAUACGGCUUUAACACAGGUUGAUGUGCUAGUCUCAACCGGUGGUGUAUCUAUGGGCGAAUUAGAUUUAUUUAAACCUACUUUGGAAAAGUCUUUGGGUGCAACCAUCCAUUUCGGAAGAGUAAAAAUGAAGCCAGGAAAGCCGACUACUUUUGCCACACUUUCAGGAACUUCUGGUGCUCCUGAAAAGUUAAUAUUUGGUUUGCCUGGAAAUCCUGUCUCUGCUACUGUUACUUUCUAUUUGUUCGUCUUACCUGCUCUUCGGAAAUUAGCUGGUUAUGAAAAUUGGAAUUCCCCUAUUUUACCAGCAGAGCUAACGGACAAGCUAUCACUUGAUCCGCGUCCUGAAUAUCAUCGAGCCGUGAUUUCCUUUGAUCAUUCAAAAGGAAAAUUUAUGGCAACUUCUACAGGACAUCAAAUUAGUAGCCGAAUGCUUAGUUUGAGAAGUUGUAAUGCUUUAUUAAAGUUACCAGAAAAAACUGAUCAAUGUAAAGAAUUAGAUAAAGGAUCGACUGUGGAUGCUAUUUUGAUUGGGCAAUUGAGUUAA